GUGGCAUGCAAUUUGGAUAGUAACCUGACCCAUAACAAACAAAGGCUAAAUAUAUUUCCAUGGCAGGGAGGGUCUUUACGCUGGAGGAGAGACAGGCAGAGGGAUAGAGUGAUAGAGGGACAGAAAGAUCGAGAAGAGAGGCACAGGAAGGUUCCCAGUUCUUUCUUCUUGAGGGCUUCAUAGAGCGUCAGACCUUCAGAGAGCUUCACAGUGUCAGUUCCAGACCAGUGUUUGGGAUGAACUUUGCACUGGGCUACAAACCUGGGCAACUCGGGGAGUCUAGCACAAUGGAUAACUUGGAGAAGCAGCUCAUCUGCCCCAUCUGCCUGGAGAUGUUCACCAAGCCUGUGGUCAUACUGCCCUGCCAGCACAACCUCUGCAGGAAGUGUGCCAAUGACGUCUUCCAGGCUGCCAACCCUCUGUGGCAGUCUCGGGGGUCCAAGUCCAUGUCCAUAGGGGGUCGUUUCCGCUGCCCGUCAUGUCGUCACGAGGCAGUGUUGGACCGCCAUGGUGUGUAUGGCCUACAGAGGAACCUGCUAGUAGAGAACAUCAUAGACAUCUACAAGCAAGAAGAGUCCAGCAGGCCCCUAAACCCCACCAAGGUGGAGCAGCAGCAGCUGAUGUGUGAGGAGCAUGACGAGGAGAAGAUCAACAUCUACUGCCUGAGCUGUGAGACGCCCACCUGCUCCAUGUGUAAAGUGUUUGGCCAGCACAAGGACUGUGAGGUGGCCCCCCUGCAGAACGUCUAUAAGAGACAGAAGACAGAGCUGAGUGACGGCAUCGCCAUCUUGGUGGCUGGGAACGACCGUAUCCAGGGCCUCCUCUCUCAGAUGGAGGAGACCUGCAGGUCCAUCCAGGAGAACGGCCGUCGUCAGAAGCAGAGUCUGUGUGAUAAGUUUGAUGGACUGUAUGCCAUCCUGGAGGAGAGGAAGAAGGAGUUGGUGGGGAUGAUCAGCCGCCAGCAGGAUGACAAGCUGGACUACAUCCGCUCCCUCAUGCGUCGCCACGGAGACCACCUAGAGGGCGCCGUCAAGCUGGUGGAGACAGCCAUUCAGUCCAUGGAGGAACCACAGAUGGCCGUGUUCCUACAGAGCAUCAAGGAUAUAUUUAAACAGAUCAGCACCACUGCCAAGGUGUCCAGUAUGGAAUGUCCAGAGCCGGGCUAUGAGAGCAUGGCCCAUUUUGUCAUCAACACAGAGAAUGUGGCAGACAUGCUGAGGACCAUUGACUUCAACACAAUUAGGGCCUCAGGUUUCCAGGAAAAGGAUGGGGAGGAUGGUUAUGAUCUGGGUGAGGACUUGGCAUCGCUGGCAACGGGGGACGUAGACUAUGGGCGAUACUAGUUGAAAAGGGUCAAAUAAAGAAAAAG